AUGAGAUUUUUUAUCCCACCCCAUGUUAUUUUCGUUGAUGUUGUCAUAUCUCUGGUUGUCCUUGACUCGACGACAAUAGCUGAAGGGGACAGGGAAAAACGAUAUUUGGUAUUUCCAACGCCGAGUAGUUUUGCGGCGACAAAAGUUCAGAUAAUCGCUGGUCUUGGUCUGCCAAUGGACGUAGAUGUCAGCACCAUAAUCGGAUAUGUUAUGAAAUUCAAUUACGCCCUUCCAUACAACGCGUCUUACCUGACAGAGCCCUACGUGCGGUAUGAGAGAUCGAUGGACGGCUUUCGUCAGGAAGAAAUCGCUGGAGAAUUCGAUCAGCAAGGCUCAUCCUUGGGAUCCAUUUCACGAUGGGAUAUAUACCAAAUGAUCGAGUCUAGUCUGGAUGCUCUUGGUUCAGGGAGAAACUGCCUCUUAAGGGUGAUUUGCGAGGCAGCUGCUGUGCCAUUUUCAAAAUACCAUGGAAUUUCACCGGAGCUCAUUCACGUUCUCCUCACACCGUCAUGCACCCCAGAACCAUACGGAAAUCUAGAAGACCAAGAGUAUCACGCAGCCGAAUUCCAAGGCCGGAAGACCCCCGAAGCCUGCAGACACUCGUUCCAAGACUGUCCCGAGAACAUUCUCGACUAUUUCACCGAGAUCAUAAAUGACCAAUGA